CGCAAUUAUGUUCUUUGGAUCCUGGCCUGAAGCAGGAGAAAGAACAGGGUAGUUUAAGAACAGUAGCAGAUAACAAUUUACAUUUUAAUUUAAAAAAAUAAUUUCACAUUUCAAACGUACAACACAUUGCACAGUAGUAAAUUUUUCCUGCAUUAUGUGGUGGCCCGCAGGUUUAGGCAACUUAACUAUUAAAACACUAUUUGCAAUAUUAACUUUAUUUACAGAUGAUCACAGGUAUUCGUUCAAAGGGAAUAAGGCUGCGCUUGAAUUGGAUCGGUUUAACCGACGUCUGAUUAAGUCUGUAGCUCGUUUGUUACUGCAUGAAAAGAAACCAGAAAGUGAAGUAUGGAAAACUUUGAAGAGAGACACAGGCUGCAACUGCGAGCUACUAUGGACACGCAUGCGAGCACUGACAUUGAAGAAGCUGGAGCGUCACUUCAUAGCAGAAGAUCGAGUCGACAGAGUGCCAAGAAGAGCCAGAAUGAACCUCACAGAUUGGCUGAUGGUAGACCUCGUGCUUGUCCAUCAGGACCUCGACUUUAUUGGACAGGAUCUAAAUUUAAAUGAAAACUUCGCGCCUUUGGAAGAACUGUUCAAUCUGGUUAAUAUGUUCGGAAUUGAGGGGUUAAAGGGCGAGGCACUGGCGGAGGCGUGGUCUUCGGCUACUCUUUACUAUAACACGAAUGGCCACCAAUGUUCUCCAAUGCUGCUGCAGAAGCGUUGGUACCAGAUGAAAGCAAUCACUAGGAGUAAAUUCUACAAUUUCUGGUAUGCAUACAAGGGAUGCAUAAAGAGGUUGCACGUCGCCGAACCCUAUAAACCAACACCUUUGGAACAUGCCAUUGCUAGAAGAUAUAAAGAAUUGAUAACGAAACCACAUUUAAGCUGGACAGAGUUGAUAGAGCAGAGAUUAGUUACUUUGCCUGAUGAGUUUGAAAGAAAGAUGAUAGAAAGGGCUGGUUCUCCCAUGGACAUUAGGAGGCAAUCUCAUGAUGAUGCAUCGGACUUAGAGCUAGUAGAACCUGUUGUAGAAACAAUUGACCUCAGACAAGAAUCUGAUGAGACUUUACAAGGCGAAAGUAACAAUGACGAAACCUUGCCACGGAUAGUUAAAGUCAAACAAGAACCACCUGAUCCUGACUUAGAACCCCAACCACAAGUGGAACCAAAAAAAUCCAUAUACCAAGAAGUCUUAGAAUCAACGCUUAAAGAGAAUCAAGUGAUUGAUGCAAUGCUUAAUAGCGGAUACUUUGAUGAUUACAAUGAUGAAGAAAAGGAUUUAGAAGAAGUAGAUUUAGAAGAAAAAGAGGAAACAAUGAUGCCUCAAAUAACUUGCGUUUUUAGUAACGUCAGUGAAAGUAAUCUGCAUAACUACAGUGGUACUGAUAAAAAUACAUUGGCUAUAGGUGAUGGAAUUGACAGUGAUACUUCCAAACUUGAUAAUACAGACACGGUUACAAAUGAAGUUGACGUUGAACCAGUCACAGAUGACAAUCAAACUCGUACAGUUGAUGUUGACGAUGAAAUAGAAACUGUUGAAGAAGAUGUGACUAAACUCGAUGUCGCCAAAGAAGGUAACAAUGUCGUUGAAGAAACGAAAGAUGUCGUUGAAGAUGAUAAUGUGACUGAUACUGUAAAAAUUGACAGUAAAACUGUGACAGUUCAAGAUAGAGACGGUAUAGUUACAAUAGAUGAAGAUGAUCUAACUAAUGCAGAUAAAGGGAAUGACAAUAAUGUAACAGAACUAGUUGAAGAAAAUACUCAAAUUAAUAAAGACGAUAUAGUCACUGAAGAAACACCAGUUGCAGAUUUAGUGGCUCCAAUCAGUAAAGGAGAUAAUAUUAUUGAUAAUGAGUCUGUACACGAGGAAAACUUAGUACAGAAUGAAAAUAAAAAUGUAGAAGAUGGAGAAGAAACAGGAAGCAUUUCUAAACCUGUUAUAAUUACUGAUUCUGAAGACGAAAACAGCGAUGCGAUAGUGGAACCUAUGGACACGGCACUUGAUUAUAGUGCAACGGAAAUAGCAGAAAACACAGUGCCAGAGGAUACAGGAGACUUUAAAACUACGAAUGAGGAUAUAGAUUGCAAAGCUAAUGUUAAAGUAGAAGCGCUAAAGUACUCAUUUGGAGAAAUACCAAAUGAAUUUAGUUUCGUUGAUGACGGUAUUGAGUUGGUUGAUGAUGGAAUCGCGUUCGAAGACUACGAUGAUCAGAUUGAUAUCAAAACUGAGCCUGAACCAGAAGAGCCAAAAAUAGAUCCAAAACUACUGAUGGUUCCCGUCGUGUACAUCACAAGGUUAGACGAUUUAAAAAUAUUUCGUAUGUCACCCUUUGAUAAGAUCCGAAAUAAAAACAUAAUAGAUGCUGUCACAAUGUCAAAUUUACCAAUCAAAAAAGAAAAGAUCAGCGAAAAAGAAACAGAAGAUGUAAUUGAAAAUAAUCCAAAUAAACCAGCCGACGAUGAUAUUGAGAACAUGUCUACCGAUGAAGAUUCCAACGAUAGCGUAGUACCGGAAAAUAUGAGAGUCAAACCAACCAGCUAUUUGUUACAAAAACCACGGUGUCGCAGCUACAACCCCAUACAACUGUGUAAAAAUCCAGAUUUCAAUACGCGGCUAAAACGAUUAACCGUAGGAUUCUUCAAAUCACAUCGUAACCGUGCACUUAUCAAACAUUGUAAACCCUUAACUAUAGACAUCUCCAAAGCAUUCGAAACGAAACUUGUUAAGGGUACAUUGUAUCUCAAACGCAGCGAGAUCAGCGACGUUAACAUUACAACUGAAAUAACGGAUGAUUCAGAAAUUGUUCAAAGCGCUACCGUAGUUCCCUCGGCUAUGAUUGCUCAAAGUCUUAUUGAUAAUACGAAAACAGCUGAUAUUUUACCCCUUAUACGCGAAGCGGAAGCACCUCCAAAACCUAUAGAACAUGAAAGAAAUACAAGAAUUAAUCUGCCUGAUAUAUCGGAGAUUCGUCGCAUUAACCAGCGACUUCUCAUUGCAGAAAUUUCACCAAUACAAAUACAAAAUAGAACGUUCAAAGCACCUGUAACUCUUGUCUCAAAUUCUGACCCUCAGAGUCCCGCUGUAAGCAACCCUACUCCGGACGUAACUGAGGUACAAACAGUAGCAUCUAAUUAUACUUCGUGUCAAGUAGUUAACUCGCUACCUGAACCAAGCAUUAGGGGGCGGGCUGGUGUCCUAAGAGGUCGUGGCCGCGGAUCCUUUUCCUGGAGAUCAUUUGUACAGCAAAAACCAAAACCUAAAUCCGUUAAAUCUUAUACGACAAUAACUUGGUUAUCUAAAUCGAAUGAUCCGAAUAUCAUAAGCAAGCAACAAGAAUGCACACUUUUAACUCUGGAUACUCUAAACAAAAUGUUGAAUUUGCUAGGUGAUAAAGAGGGACCGAGUGAUACGCAAAAGAAAUCGAAAUUUACAGUUGAAAGUACUGAGAAGAAAUUAGAUAAAGAUUUAUUACAAGACGGAAAUAAAAUUGAAACGGGUGUCGUCUGUAAACCCCGGAUUAAUGUUAAAUCUGCAGUAAAUGGUCCGCGUCAAUAUAAACCAAGGAAGAAACGAGUAAUUGUUAACGUGACAAACAAGACGGUGCCGGUCAACGAAGAAAGACAAAAAAGAAAAGGCCUGUACUGUUGCUGGUGUCGAAAACGAUUGUUACAGAUGAUUUUGGAUAAGAAAUACGUACGGGAACACGACUGCCCUGAAGGUAAUUGUGUUUGUUGUUGCCGUAAGCUGUUGUCCUCCUAUAUUUUGCAAGACGAGAAGAUAAAAGCGGCGCAACAAAAUGCUGACAAAAACAUGGCAACAAUACAAUGUGCGGAAGCGGCUAGCGCUUGUGCAAAUAUUACUAAAGACAUUCCUAAAGACGCACAAAAUCAGGCAGGUCCCGCGGUAACUAAAGUUUCAGCUACAGAUAUUAUUAUGCCAUCUGUUUCAACAGUUACAGUUGAUAGUGGUGGUCAAUUUGAUAUCCAUCUUCCUAAGGAAAGCUCAACCUUGGGAAGUGAAGUAACUGUUGCCGCUAGUUCUAAGGAACCAGCAACGACACCAUUCGUAGAAAAUGUGUCAGUGGCCAAGAACCCUACGAUUGCAGUACCGUUAGUUAAUACAUUAGUUAGUCCAAUGAUUGAAGCCCAGCCAGUGCUACAACCAAUAACAGAUGCGAAUUUAAAAAAAUUUGGUGUUUUGAAAACAUUUAUUAACUCAAGUGGUAAAAAACCCAAUCGGUCAACGUUAACGAAAUCAAAUAAACCAUUCAAGCCGCCGAAAUUUUUAAAGGAAAAAUUGAUAUUUUUAAACAGCAAACAUAUUUCUGACAAGCCCGCAAAGAGUCCAAUAUAUUUAGGGAAAAAUAAAGUAUUGAUGACUACUAUCAAGUUUCCUUGGAAUUUGAAAUUAUUUGAAGAAACCAAAAAGGCUUUGGCGCCGACAUUGAAGUUGCCUGCCGGAGUAAGCUUAGUAUGUCUACCUGAUGGGACAAUAUCAUACAGCAUAGACAAUAAUCACGUGAAAGCUUUAGAUUUGGCAUUGAUGCCGUCUAUUAUAGCAACAGUACAAAUGCACAUGAACAAUGCCCUACAGCAACAUCGAUUACAAUUCCAACAAAAUGUCCAACCGACGGUUAAUUCAAGUGAAGUAAUUGAUCUUGUAGACGACGAAGAUGAAGACGAAAAUAAGACCAAAAAUGUACUUGAUAUAAAUAAUAGUCGAAAUGCAAAUGAAAUUGAAAAUGUGGUUUUGACUAAAACUACUUGUACUGAAGACAACGCACAAGAGGCGAGUCGGGAAGAAAUGCCCAUCGCAACAGCAGAACAAUUAGUUCACACCGACGUAUCACCAUCGCGAGAAGUAUCAAUCGAAAAGGAAUCAAAACACCCUGACUCCAGCUUUACUUCUGGGUGUCAACUGCAGCCCUUGUCAAUAGACGAUGCAAAUUCAAAAAAAUCCGAAUUAAAACUUCCAGAGGAUCAAAGUAAGCCUUGUCAUGCAAAUCUGCCUGAAAGUAUAGAAGCUACACUUGAGUCCGAACAAUCUUUGGGAAAUGAAAAUAAAGCCGAGCAGGAAGUAUUGGUAGCACAAGCACCUAGCUCUUCAAGUCAGGCCGACAGUGUAACAGAUACACAGGAAAUGCCAAAGGUUCCUGGACAACCAAAUCAAACCGAAGCUAAUGCCAGUCAGGAAAGUAAACCACCUGAAGUGCAAAGCCAGCCUGAUCAACUAAUUGAAAAACCGCCAUCAGAAAAUAUUGCAGAUUCUGAUCAAAACACGCAACAACCUAAGAAAACUAAAAACAUUCUUUCGGAUUUGAUGGAAAUGUCGGGUAUUUUUGAUGACGAUGUGACACCACCUCCUCCAGUAACCUUGCCUACACCCGCUCAGCAAGCCCAGGCAUCUCAAUCUCUACUCUCGCAACUGGGUGCGUCACCCCAACCGGUCGGCACAUCAAAAUUACAAGGCACUUUAUUAGGGCCUAUACCUAAUCUUAUUUCUUGCCAGCCCCUUAUAAAGACACCACUUGGCGAUCUCUCCCCAGUCACGUCCCUCUAUGAACUAAAAUACGCUUGCGCGAAUAAAGGGAUAUUCUUUAAAUUAGAUUGUGAUACCGGGUACCUCGUUCCGAUUAACGUUUGUCUAAAAGCACCUGUAAAACAACAAAAAGUUAAAGUUAUUGCUGAAAGGACGGUAAUCGACCUAACGGAAGAAGGAAAAUCGAAUCAAUCCGAGCCAAACCUUUCGCCUGAAAAAGGCUUAGUUUCAGAUACUGAGGCAUCCAAUAGUCCUGUUAAACCUGUUUCACUGUUGAAAGUAGCAGUACCUUCUAUUUUACGCCGCUUAAAUACAAAUAAUAAAAGUAAAGAAAAAAUAAACAAAGGUAUUAAGGCGGCUGGUGACAAGGUCAUUAAGAAAAAACGGAAACAGCAAUUACAGCAGUAUGACUUAAGUGAUGAUAAUGAAGAUAAUAUUGCUCAAAGUUCGUCUAAAAAGGCAAUGAAGCGGAGUAAAGGCGCCGACACCCAAGAGCUGUCUGCGGAUAAACUUCAGCAAGAUGAAGUAACCACUCUAUACGAUUCCUCUGAUGACGAACCUUUAUCUAAAGUUGCUAAAUUAAAAAGACAAGAGGAAGAGGAAUCCUUAUCUAAGGAAAAUCAAAUGACAAAAAUUGUCGCCGAAAUGCCAACAACCGAGCAGGAUGAAAAGCUAGAUGAUAAUUUGGAUACAGAGGAGAAUAUAUCGGAAUCAGACCAAAGCCAUAGUUCUGAUGACGAUAGGGAAAAUUGUAUAUUAGGAGUUUGAACAUUCUAAGUGUCUGCACUGAAUAAAUAGAUAUCUUUGACUCAGUUUAAUUUCAACUACACACACACACACACCCAGCCACACACGCACACACACACCCACACAUACACACGUGCGCACGCACCCUUACAUCUUGUGAAUAGUACUUGGAAUACCUACAGAAACUUUAACUUUCAGUCGUAAUAGGGAGCGAUUUCAUUGCUUAAUUGUGGACACAGUCAAAUAAUUUAUUAACUGAACAUUUUAAAAUACUUCACCUUUUGUAAUGUAAAUAAUAAUUUUUAUCGUUUCGUGGCUCGUUAUGUAUUGUUAUAUUAGUAAGUAGGCGCAUGACAUGGCUGUAGUCUUAAUACCUCUAUAGAUAGCUAUACACAGGUAUAGACGUUUUAUAUCUCAACAUGUGUUUAAAUAAUUUAAUAAAAUGUAAAUAUUUUAUUAAAUAGACGUAUUUUAUGAUUUUAUAACAUUAAGAAUAAUAUGUACAUAUGCUCUGUGUAGCUUCGCACCGACGAUGGCAAGAUUUUUCGUGUUGGGACUAAGUUAGAUAUUUCUCACUUUAACAUUACAUCACAAAUUCUUUUUCUUGUUCCUACAUUUAUAAGAGAAAAUUAAACAAUAUCUAAACUUAUCUCACCACGAAAAAUCUUGUUUAAAAUUAUUAAUAAUUCCUGCCGGAGAGUAUAUCUGUAUGUUACUAUAACAGUAUUGUAAUAGUUAGACUAAUAGCUCCAAUUAAAAAAAAAACAAAAUAAUCCAUUGUAAUUGAAUCUGUGGAUUGUAACUGUGAUAUUAUUUAAGGUUUUUAAAAUGUUUCGUGGAUAUCUUAGAGUC